AUGAAUUGCCUGGACGAAAUUUCAGUCCCAUACCAGAUCUAUCCAAAGCUGUUCAUUCAGAGCCGCGGAGGAAACUCAAAGUAUUGUAGUACCCAGAUAACAUGGUACAUUGGGCCCACAUUGGAUAAAGAUGGGAAACGUUGGCGGAACGUGAAUGUUGGGGAAAGAUGUUGGCCCCAUGUGGGCCCAACAAGUGACUUCACCCCUUGGGCCGGUGGAAUUAAUCCUUUUAUGGAAUUGUCAGGAAGGCAUGGUGUCAACAAGGAUAAGGUUCAUGUCGAGAUAAGCCAUGUCAAGAUUAGAAGCUCAAGGACAAGAAAGUUCCGGGAACCCCCUGGAACAGUGCAGGUAUCAAGAGAUGUGCAACGGGCAAUCAAGUUGGCUGCAAAGUCUCAUGAAGCAAUUUCAAGACCUAAAGCUACCAGGGGAGAGACUGUUAUGAAAUCACAGACUUUUGAUGUCAGUGUCUCCAGUGAUCUCCAGAAAAAGAAAGAAGAUCAUCAUGAACAUAUCAUUGAGGGAAGUCCCAGACAAUCUGUGAGUGUUGGUGACCAGGUCAGAGUGAUAGCCACUAAUGUUGUUGAAUAUGGAAUUGAAAAAUGGAAUCCUCAAAGUGUGAAAUUACUUGAAGGGGACUGGUCAGAGUUGAACUAUGACUUAGGAAUCCUUUCACAGGGUGUUGUUGAAGAUGGAUAUUUAGAACCCCUUGGAAAAGCCAGCACCAUUGUUGCAAAAGUUGUGAGAUCUACAUUCGGAGCUGUUACAUUGGACAUCAACAUUACCUUUGAUCCCCAGAGCAUUCCUUCUCCAUUCCACGUUGAAGUU